CAUGCGCCAGUAGUUGAGUACUACUCAAAGAAAAUUAAUUUAUUCACAGUGAAGUUUAAUAUUAUUCUGACACGGUUAUAACACUGAUAGGUUAUCAGUAGAUGAUUAUAUACUCAUGGCAGUCCAUUCGCGGAGUAUCUUGUUUUGUAAAGAAAUUUCCAAGUUUUUAUUUUUCAGAAAAAAUGUCGUUAGGAGAUCAUCCCACUUUCAAUAUUACCCGGACAAGAAUACACCUGUUGAAGGAGAAACCACCAAGCUGAAUAUGUUUCAAGCCAUUGGCAAUGCUAUGGAUUUAGCACUAGAAAAGGAUCAAUCUGCUGUUCUCUUUGGUGAAGAUGUUGCUUUCGGUGGUGUGUUCCGGUGUUCAAUGGGUCUUCAAAAAAAACACGGCAAAGACCGUGUAUUUAAUACACCUCUUUGUGAACAAGGUAUCGUAGGAUUCGGUAUUGGUCUUGCAGUAGCUGGUUCUACUGCAAUAGCUGAAAUACAAUUCGCAGAUUAUAUUUUCCCAGCUUUUGAUCAGAUAGUGAAUGAAGCUGCAAAAUAUCGGUAUCGAAGUGGGGGUAUGUUCGAUUGCGGACGUUUAACAAUUAGAGCUCCUUGUGGUGCGGUUGGUCAUGGAGCUUUAUAUCACUCGCAGAUGCCAGAAGCUUAUUUCGCCCAUACUCCUGGGCUUAAGAUUGUUAUACCACGAGGACCAGUGAAAGCUAAAGGUCUCCUGUUAUCUUGCAUUGAAGAUAAGGACCCGUGCAUCUUCUUCGAGCCAAAAGUUCUUUACAGGGCUGCGGUUGAAGAAGUCCCUAAACAGGCCUAUAAAUUGCCAUUGGGAAAGGCUGAAAUUGUGGUUCCUGGUAACCACGUGACUUUAAUAGGAUGGGGUACACAAGUGCAUGUCCUGUGUGAAGUUGCAGAGAUUGCUAAAAAUUCUCACGGUAUCUCUUGUGAAGUGAUCGACUUAAUGACGAUUCUGCCCUGGGAUUCAGAAACUGUUUUCAAUUCAGCUAAGAAAACUGGGCGGAUCAUCAUUGCUCAUGAAGCCCCUAUGACUUGUGGUUUUGGAUCUGAGCUUGCAGCAUCGAUUCAGGAAGACUGCUUUCUUCAUUUAGAAGCUCCUGUGAGGCGAGUGACCGGAUUUGAUUCCCCUUUUCCCCACAUCUUUGAACCUUUUUAUUUACCUGACAAGUGGAGAUGUCUAGAUGCAGUAAUAAACAUUGUGAAGUAUUGAUUGGGACUGUUUUGGCUAUGAAAUUUUUUACUAUAACAUAUGAAAAUUGGGAAGAUAUACAUUUUAAAAAAAAAAUUUUAUAAUGAUUUCAUAGCCCUUAUGUAUUGGUGGAAUCUCUUUUAUAUGACUGCAAAUUAUUUUUAAAUACGGGUGAACUGUUCCUACUCAUUUUUAAUUCCUCAGUUUUACUUUCACUUUUUGUAUAUAUGAACUUAUGGUUGGAGGACCUAUGGGUACUUAUUGAUUGAUACAUACUGGUAUCUGAAACUACCAAGCAAGAAAUUUUCAAACAGAAAAUGAAAGAAACGUUGGGGAUGUUUAAGACUUAUCUUUUUAAUAUAAUAUUUUAAAUAUAUAUUUUAUCGAUA